CAACAUCGACGUGACAGAAGACAGCACAUCUCGGGCGUGUGUGUGCAAUGUGACAAGGAGGAAUUGAUGCUACCGCCGCGCCUGCUUCGACCUCUGAGGCCAUGUUACCGUCCCCGCCCACAGAGCCCAGCUCGCAUUGUUCCUGUUCGACAGGCCACCGACAACUCCCGCGGCAAGCUUGCAUCCAGCCCUGACGAUGCCAGCCACGACGGCAACGACAGACUCUCCUCCUCGACUCCGAUAUCCUCGCCCCGUCCCUAUUCCAAAAAGACCGAAAACCCCGUCUGUGUGAGCUGCCAUCACCAAUUCCGCUCCCCCGACGCCCUGAGAGCCCACCGCCUCCUCAGCGACGCCUGCAUCAAUCAUGCCCAACCCGGUGGCUACAUAUGCAGAGCUUGCUUUAUUCCGCUUCCUCAACGAGCGCAGGCACAGGCACAUGCCCGAGAAAAUCCAGACUGCGCUGCGAGGAUAUACAAGAUCCUAGACCCCAAGCGCACCUCCGUCCUCGAGCCCGUGAUCGCACCUCUCUGGGUCACAAAAGUUUCGCAAUGCGCGACAGCCAAAUACCGCCAAAUCAUACAGUUGCUCGUGGAGACUUCUUGCUCACUUUACAAUGAGCAAUCGCCCCAUAUGAGGCCAAUACUGGAUAAGAUAAACGUGAACCUCCACCAGGUCAGAAAUAAUGCAUUGGGAGAGGGAGACGGCUCUACGUCGAUGAUAUUCUUGACGCAGCCAUUGCUCAAGCGCUCGAUGAAUGCUUCCGUGGAGAAUCAUCGAGCCCAUAAUUCACAAAGAGAAGUAGGAACGCAGUUGCACGAUAAUGCUCAACCAAGUAACUCGGGAACUCGGCGUGUCUUCAAACAUCCUCCCAGGCGUGAAUCAAUAAAUAGCACAGGCGACAGAAAUAAGUCUUCAAUUGAGCGGGCACCUGCGCAAAAUCAAGAUGUCAGUAUGGCAAGCCAAGUACAACUGCUCUCUCAACAGGUCCAACUACUCUCUGAGAAACUGGAUGCACUGGUAUCGCUUGAACCGGGCGUUUCAAAACUCCCCAAUAUACCAUCAACACAAGCAAAGUCUGCAGAUACCGCUCCAGUCAAAGCGAUAGACCUGGACAAAGCAAAAUCAGAGGGAAACGUAGAGCGUCAAAUACCAAUCCACCACACUCACACCGGUGGGAGACUGAUGCGAUCACCCAAUCCAUCAGAGACCCCGCAUCGAAAAGCAGACGACACACCAGCGCGUGAUACGUCAACCACCACGGAUCCCAGACCCGCGAAUCCGGGAUCUACAUCUGAUCGAGGAGAGACUGUUCCGGCUGCGGACGCGGACGAUCAAUCUCUUCUCAGGGAGCUCUUCCCAGAAGCAUACAAUUGGGCGCAACCUCACUACUCAAACCGCAACCCAUACCCCAAACUCACCCUUCCCAACGAGACACCAUUAAUCAGACGUACGGAGCCUGAGAGGUCGAAGACGGACCGCGAGCGCUUUGUCGAGUCUUUUCAAAAUCGUACAGACCAGCUCACCGCAUUGCAACUUCUUCACACCAGCCUUGAACUGACAGAAGCGGAUUUCCGGCGCAUCAUUCCCAAGGGAAAGCAUAUUGAAUCGUGGGCUUCUGAGGGCGAAUUCGUCCGGGUCAUCCCAGGCAGAGAUCCCAUCAGUUUGGAGAGACUGCCGUUCUACUACAUUGUGUUCCGGACCCCCGAGGCGGCUUUAGCCUACCAGAACAACGCGAGCCGGCUACACAAACUAUGCCAGUUACACCAACCGAGUUCCAUACUUUCCGCAAUUCCUCCGCCCAGAGGAUUCAUAGAAAAUGGCGAAGACCUUGGUCUUGUAACAUCUUCGUACCUUCUGAAGCCAGCGGGCACACCACUCAAUCUGAACAUGGUCAUGAAACCGUACAACCCGUCGCUAGACAAGCUCAUUGAACAGGGAGGCUACACACCCAUAGUACAAUCUCUGUCGCCGGUGAAAAAGAACAGCAAGACGUCUGUCUUCAAAGUCCUCUUGAAGAUUGAAGGCCAUGAACCCCUCCCUUCAGACAUCUACAAGGUCCUGCGCACGGACGCAUACUCGCGCGGACUGACGUGGCCCUUCCACAACGAAGAGAAGGGUAUCCGACGCCUCCGCGACGUGGUGGACCUCAAAGCCAAAGUGCAAGCGGUGUCUUCCGACAACCCUCGAGCGUGGAACGCCAACAAGCCGUUCGAGGACGCGGAUUUGGGGCUCGAAAAUAGCGGCGGCAGUGGUAACAGCAGCUCGGAGCAGCAGCAACUCAACCAGAUGCUCAUGAACCGCGUUUACAACCGCUGGUUGAUCGAGUUUGAAGACGAGCAGGCAGCUAGACGGUUCGCGCGGAUUUGGAAUAUGAGGUCUUUCCCCUUGGACACAAGUCCAGCACACUGGAUGGGCGAGGGACAGAAGAUGUGCGAGACUGAGUUCCUUUGGUGA